ACAGUCGCCGUCCGGAAUAGUUGACAUAACCUAGCGUAAUCAUCGGAGCGUCGUCAAAAGAAUGUGAAUGUUAUUUAAAAAGUGUUGCAUGUGAAAGUUAAUCAUUUCCCGUCGUUGCUUACUGUGUAAUUUAUUAUACAUUUGACAAGAUAAAGGAACAAGAGAGAAUGCCACCAAAGUGUAAAUUUCAAGAAGGAGAAAAGGUCCUGUGCUUUCACGGGCCACUGAUCUACGAAGCCAAGUGCUUGAAGUCCUCUGUUACCAAGGAGAAGCAAGUCAAAUAUUUCAUUCACUAUGCUGGCUGGAAUAAAAACUGGGACGAAUGGGUUCCCGAGAGCAGAGUUCUCAAAUACAACGAGGCGAAUGUACAGAAGCAGAGAGAGGUCCAGAGAGCGCACUCGAAUCAGCAAUCCGCUCAGAAGAACAAGAAGGGAAACACAACGGCCAAGACGCAGGGGCGGAGGAGCGAAGGGAUCCGAGAGAAGGACGUGGACAGCAGGUCGAGCACUCCCGUCGCCGACAAGAGUACGAGCCGUUUUAGCAAGGGUACAAGCAGCACGGUAACACCUUCGUCUUCCCACGACUCUGCAUCGGAAGCGCCGCGUAAAAAACGAAGUCGGCUAGAGCCGUCCGGCGAGACCGAGGAAUACCUCACGAAAGUAGAGGUUAAGAUCAAAUUACCCGAGGAAUUGAAGUUCGUGCUGAUAGACGAGUCCGAGAUAAUCCUGAAGCACCACAAGUUACCCGCAUUACCUGUACAGAACACAGUCGACAAAAUUCUGGAUGAUUACGUGGAGACAAAAUCGUCCGGGAAAUCCAACGACGUCAGAGAAAGCACGUUGGAGGUGACGAAAGGUAUACGGGAGUAUUUCAACAGCACGCUGGGCCUUCAGUUGCUGUACAAAUGGGAACGGCCGCAGUUUAUACAGAUAAUGAAUGACAAUCCGGAAACGUUGCCGAGCCAGCUGUAUGGAGCGUUCCACCUCCUCAGAUUAUUCGUACGACUCGGCGGCAUGCUGUCGUACACGCCUUUAGACGAGAAGAGUAUACAGCUGUUGCUGUCGCAUUUUCAUGACUUUCUACAAUAUUUGCAGAAGAACAACACCGCGCUCUUCAAUCUUCAGCAAGACUACACAGAUCCGUCGCCGGAUUAUCAUCGGAAAUACGGUUAACCCGUAUCCAGUAAUUAUUUUUCAGACUUACUUGUACUCGAGCAAACGUAUUACUUUUACGCAGAAUAUUUUCUUUGACAAUCUCUUCACACACGGGAUACGAUUCGAAUCCAUUUAUGCCACGCAGCUAUUGUAUAACUGCGUCAUUUUAAAUAAAAGUAUACUUAAUUUAGCUAAUUAUAAUUUCAUUAGAAUAGGGUGUAUAAAUGAUCGCGAAGCGAAGAUGGCGAUAAAACAAGAAUUAUGACGAAAUGUGUUCAAAUACACAACGCAAUAUUAAUGUAGAUCUAGAUUCUGGAUGCUAGGCUAAAUAAACCAGAUUUCGAGAUUCAAUGAAA